AGCAGCUCUUCAGUACAUGAAAACAAAUCACAACAUUAACUUCUCUACUAACGAACGAUUUAACGAAACAACAAACACAAUGCCUGCCAUUGGUAUUGACUUGGGCACGACAUACUCCUGCGUUGGAGUCUGGCAGCAGGGCAAGGUCGAGAUCAUCGCCAACGACCAGGGUAACAGAACAACACCUAGUUACGUUGCCUUCACCGACACCGAGAGGCUCAUCGGCGAUGCGGCCAAAAAUCAGGUCGCCAUGAAUCCACAGAACACCGUGUUUGACGCCAAGCGUCUCAUCGGCAGAAAAUUUGACGACUCUAAGAUCCAGAGUGACAUCAAACACUGGCCAUUCAAAGUCAUCAACGAGGCCGGUAAACCCAAGAUCGAAGUCGAGUUCCGCGGCGAGAAAAAACGUUUCAACCCGGAGGAGAUCAGCUCGAUGGUUCUGACAAAGAUGAAGGAAACAGCCGAAGCGUACCUCGGCCAGAAAGUGCGGGACGCCGUCAUCACAGUACCCGCAUACUUCAACGACUCACAGCGCCAGGCCACCAAGGAUGCUGGAGCGAUCGCUGGUCUGAACGUACUCAGAAUCAUCAACGAGCCAACAGCCGCCGCCUUGGCCUACGGCCUCGACAAGAAUCUCAAGGGGGAGAAGAACGUCCUCAUCUUCGACUUGGGCGGUGGCACAUUCGAUGUGUCCAUACUUACCAUCGACGAGGGUUCACUCUUCGAAGUCAAAUCGACAGCCGGUGACACGCAUCUGGGUGGCGAAGAUUUCGACUCCAGACUGGUUGACCAUCUGUGCAAGGAAUUCGAGAGGAAGUUCCGAAAGAAUCUGAAAGCAAACCCCAGAGCACUGCGACGUCUACGCACUGCCGCGGAGCGAGCCAAGCGCACUCUGUCCUCGAGCACCGAAGCAUCCAUCGAAAUCGAUGCACUGUACGAGGGCAUUGACUUCUACACCAAAGUCUCGAGAGCGCGCUUCGAGGAGCUCUGCGCAGAUCUGUUCCGCGCCACCUUGGAACCCGUUGAGAAGGCCCUUACCGACGCCAAGCUAGACAAGCGAGCUAUCCACGACGUCGUGCUCGUCGGCGGCUCAACUCGCAUACCGAAGAUCCAGAGCAUGCUCCAGACCUUCUUCUGCGGCAAACAGUUGAACCUCUCCAUCAACCCCGACGAGGCCGUGGCCUAUGGAGCCGCGGUGCAAGCGGCCAUUCUCACCGGCGAGGGCAACACCAGCUCGGCCCUCCAGGACGUACUGCUAGUCGACGUAGCACCACUCUCGCUCGGCAUCGAAACCGCCGGCGGAGUCAUGACCAACAUCAUCGAGCGCAACGCCCGCAUCCCGUGCAAGCAGUCGCAAACCUUCACGACCUACGCCGACAACCAACCCGGUGUAUCCAUUCAAGUCUUCGAGGGAGAACGCGCCAUGACGAAGGACAACAACCUCCUAGGUCGCUUCGAGUUGAGCGGUAUCGCACCGGCUCCGCGAGGUGUUCCGAAGAUCGACGUGACUUUCGACAUGGAUGCCAAUGGUAUUCUCCACGUCACAGCUAAGGACACAGCGAGCGGUCGCAGCAACAACAUCCGCAUCACCAACGACAAAGGCCGGCUUAGUCGCGAGGAGAUCGACCGCAUGCUCUCCGAGGCAGAGCGUUACCGAGAACAAGAUCAGGAACAACGUGAGAAGGUCUCGGCGCGUAAUCAGAUCGAGAGCUACGUGUUCUCGGUCAAACAGGCUGUGGAGGAUAGCGGCUCGAAGCUCAGCGAGGCCGACAAGAACAUGGUCAAGAACUUGUGCGAGGACACCAUUCGCUGGCUAGACAACAACACCUUAGCCGAGAAGGACGAGUACAAGCACAAGCUCGAGGAGCUGCAGCGUCAAUGCGCACCGAUCAUGACAAAGAUCCACACAGGAGGUGCUUCGGCUACAGGACCUCAAGGAUGUGGACAGCAGUUUGCUCAGGGUGCUGACCAGAACUAUUCGGGACCGACCGUUGAAGAGGUCGACUAAGCUGUCAACGACAUCUGCACAGCUAGUUGCUGCUAACAACAUCUUGCGGCUGACCAUCUUUCCAACCCUUACCAACACCCAAGGGUUGUCGACGAUCGAAUAAAAUAUGAACAACUUCCAGCUCGUUUACCAUCUCUGAGCUGUUGACGAAAACUUAGGAUUAUUUCGACGAAACUAUACAGUAUUGUGUUACAAAGCAUUCCCAAGAGACUGAAAUUAUUUUAGUUUAUUACCAAAGUUGUUUCCUAUAUAUCAGAUAUAUAUAAUUUUAAAGUCAUUUUCAUGUCGGGGCUUGUUGAUUCGAAUCCUUUGGGUUUGGCUCGAUAUUUAUAAUUGAUUAAUAAAUCCAGCGAUGGAGAUACUAGUUGAUUGUUUAUGUCUAGACAAAUUCAGAGGGUUCGAGUCAACAAGUCCUGUGACCAGUUUUAUCAACUUUCUGUCAAAUCGACAAAGUAUCUUUGUUUGUUUAAUGGACGGGUGGUUUGACUGGUUCUAAUAAUGUGAUACUAGAAA